AUGUCUCGGCCUCACAUCGCCCCGAUCCCGGAUCGAUCCAUACUAGAGAUCACGGGUAAAGAUGCUCAAAAAUUUCUGAAAGGAUUGACAAGUAGGGAUGUCGACAAGAGCCCAGGUUGGGGUUACUCUGGAUUCUUGACCCCUACAGGCAGAGUCCUGUAUGACGCAUUCAUCUACCCUACAUCAGCCCCAGGGGACGUCAAGCAGACUUACCUCAUCGAUUAUCCGAGGAUCGACGACUCAGUAUCCCCAGACUCGGAAAUCCCACCAUUGACCAAACACCUGAAGCGAUACGUCUUGCGGUCCAAGCUCAAGAUCCGGGAUGUGACCGAGGAAUACGAUACCUGGUCCAUCCUCGAUUCUCCGGCCGGUGCAGAGUGGAACCCCGAGAAGAUCUGGAAGUUUGGGAGUGGAGGAGCUGCAGAGAUCACAUGGAACAUGAAGGGCGAAGAGAGUCUCGCUAGACUAAGAACCGGAGAUGGCGAGAUUGGAAGCUGGGACCUUCGAGGUGGAUGGGGCGAGGGGUCGAUGGGAAAGAGGUUUCUGGUACGGAAAGGAGAUAGGCCAUCAUCCUCGAGCGACCAUGACAUGGCAGACGCAAACGCUUAUCUGCUUCGAAGGAUGCUGAACGGUGUACCGGAAGGCCAUCAGGAGAUGAUACCCAACACAUCACUACCCUUGGAAAGCUGCAUGGACGUUAUGGGAAGUGUGGAUUUCCGGAAAGGUUGUUACGUCGGCCAAGAACUCACUGUUCGGACGUAUCAUACCGGAAACACGAGAAAACGGAUCAUGCCAAUUAGAUUGGACCCCCCUUCAGGCAUCAAGUCCACGUCUGUGCAGAGAUGGACCGAUAUCGAUCAAAUACCCGAGGCGGAGCGACCUAAAGCAGGCGAUGCAAUCGCCUUCGUACCGCCAUCAUCAGCUGCGAGCAAGAAACCCAAGCCGGGUGUCAAGGUCUUAUCAGUCCAUCCGGACUACGCCGUCGGGCUCGGCUUGGUGCGCAUGGAGCUUGUCGAGCGUGUGCAUGGACUGCCAGCUUUUGGCAUGGUGCCGGACGACUCGGGAACAGAAGAGAGAGGAUCGUUAGUGGUGGGGAACGCCAAGAUCGGCGACGACGUCACUGCGAGCUGGAGGGUAUUCGCUGGACGUGGCCGAGGUUGGUACAGCCCGGAAGAAGAGCUUGCAAAUCAAUGA